AUGGUUGAAAAACAAUUCAACAUAGACCUAGAGUUAAAUGAUACUGGUCACAUAGAUCCAUUUUUACAAGAUGAAGAUAAACUAAAACUCGAGGAGUUAAUUCCACGAAUUCUAUUUGAACGUAAAUCAUUUUUGAAUGUGACAGAAGAUUCGUUGCGAAAAGAAAUAGACAAUUCAUUGAAGCCUUCCGAAGAGGCUUCCUUAAAUACUGAAGAAAGUAGAGAAGAAACAAUUGAAACCGAUCAACAAGAAGUUUUCAAUAAACACAAGUUUGAAUUAUCGAAAAAUAUAAACAAUGCACUUAAUGAAACUCAACUUUCCUUGGAUUUUGUAUCCUUAUUAUUAUCUUCAGUGAAGCCAAACUUAGCCAAAUCCACCGUUUCGCCUCAUUUAUCGAAAUUUGUUAAACCAACAUCUUUAAAUUCGGACAGAUUGGGCCAAGAAAGUAAUGGUAAUCAAGAGAGUAAGGUUACUGGUUCUUUUGGACAAGGAUGGAAAUUGGAAUCACUUGGCAAGAUUACUGAUCUUUUUAAGGAAGCAAGUACCAAUUUGAACGAUCAAGUCAUCAAAGAAAGACGAUAUUGGAAUAUGAUAAAUUUGGUGCUAGCCAAUGAUGAAGUUCUAUUUCGAAUGAGAGAUCCCCAAAACAAUGCUAGAGCAAUAGGAGUGAAAUAUGGGUAUGGAGAUUCAGGAUCAAAUUUUCAUGAUCAAGGUUUGGCAUUGUUACGCAAGGACAACCAAACAGGAGAAAUAUCGUUUCACCCUAUAUCAUCAAUCAACAAUGCUAAAAUUGUAGAAAAAGUUUCGAAAUUUAUUAGGGUGAAAAUCUUGAGUCAAAUAGAUGGGGACUAUAUGCUUACAGGACAGUCAGUUUUUAAUUUUGAUUUUCAGAAAAGCAACCAAAGUAUAAUCAACGACAUCGAAAAGGCCAGAUUCUUUUUGUUUGAGGAGGACUUGUUUCAUCAAUUGAUACGCGAGGCAAAAUUGCUAGUGAACUACAAUGUGUCAAUCAUAUCGAAUAAAAUAAUAAUUGAAAUCAACAAUGUUAUUAUUGAAAUAGAGUCUAUUGUGUAUGAUGAGUUGAAUGAGGAAGAACUAGAAAACUACUACCAGAACAUAAGUGAGUAUUCCACGUUACAUAAUAAAAAGUGCCAGCUUAUUUUGAAUUAUUUGAAACUUAUGCUUUGUUGCUAUUAUAAAUAUAAUCUCAAAUUGAAACAAAAGGUUCCCACGGCAUUGACUAAAUGGAAGCAAAGUAACUCACACCCUUUGAUUUUGCGUCCAUUGGUGGGAAAUAUGAGGCAUGAGUUGAAUUUGCUAAAUAUGAAGAGUGUUUUAGAUCGAUUAAUGCAAGUCCAUGAGACUGAACUUUCUCAUUCAAAACUAGAUGUGGAGAAGUUCAUUAACUUGGCAACAAGAAGCAAAAAGCAAAACCCAUUUCAAAAGUCGAUUGAAAAACCUGUUUCAAAGUUCCAUUUGGUCUUACGCAACAAAACAUCUAAUGUGUUAGACGUCAACAUACAAUUGACAACUAAUGAGCUGUUUGUUAAUCUAAUCAUCAAUAUGACUAUUAUUCGAUUUGAGACGGAAAAUGAUUUCACGAACAAUGUUAAUGGAAUCAACGUUCUACAGCUUGGGUUUAGUGAUUUCAAUGAAAUCGAAGAAUGUUUGGAUUGGUCGAUUCAAAAUUUUGUAUAG